GCUAAAUCGCACACCUAGGGCCGUGCUCUUUCAGUGGUAUCAGAGCCUGGAUGGUGUGCCGAUUUUCUGAAGAGUACUGAAAUCCAUGAAGAUGACAAACCCUACGGACAGACCGUAGCCGUUGCGCGAGAACAAGGAGAUCGUGACGAUCAAGGAUGUGACGACAAACAAGUAUGACGCGAUGGCGUCGUCGAUUGAGAGUCUGACGGAAGUUACUGAGAGGGCAGCUGAGGUCUCGAAGGGUUCGAUCGGUGCAAUUGAAGCGAUGGGGGACCAGAUCAAGGCAUCAAUCGAAGAGAUGGGCAAGAGCGUAGCUGAAAAUAUUUGCAGGUCCCUCGCAACAACAAUGAAGGAGGUUUUGACCCAGGUUCUCAGGAGCCGCGAGCAACCGGCAACCGUAACCCCGACAGUGACGCUGGCGCCGACCGGGGAGAAGGCGCCAGGGCCGGGAGGCGGUGAGGAAGCAGAGGCGGCGAGGAGGGUGGCGGCCAGGGAGAAGCUGCCGAGCUGCGGCAAUGGCGGCUGCCGCGGGGCUCGUCGCGGCAAACUCGGCCGGGAAAGGAGGCGCGUCGGGGAGCUCCACUGGGCCGCGCGGCCGCGUCAGCGAGGAGGGUGACCAGGGCGCGAUAAGCGCGCCAGAGCCAGUGUUCAGCGGACCAGGCCUACUGCCGAUACCAACGGUCCAGGGAAAGAAAAAGAUGGUCAGGUACGAAGGUGAGCAUUGGCCGCCUGGGCCCGAGGGAGAUGAACCAUGGCCGAUUGGGUCCGGGAAAGAGGACGAGUUGAGCUUCGCGGGCCUGGAAGGGUGGGUGGACCUAGGACUAGAUGGGGCUAGACUGGGUUGGGUGUCGGGCCCCAAGUCGAGCAAAAUCGGGCCGACCACCGGGUGACCGACCGGUCGAACCGGGUUGGGUCAACGGCCGGCAAACAGCAUCUGGG